GGGCCGGAGGGGUCUGGGAUCAAAUCCUGCCUCACCGCUCUCACGUCCGUCAGGGCCCACUACCACUCGAGCCGCUAACGUCAAGUUAUAUUUUCCGACACUUGAACUUUGAGGGUCAGACUCAAACCGUAGCAAUCGAGAAUCUAAACACAUCCAGGAACUAAAAAUACUACACAGAAGCUAAACCACAGCGCAGAAUCUGUAAGAGCCUUUCUCCUCAACCUCAGCAAGAUCUGCCUGCUGGCCAAGGAGUGGUGCUCUGCACCAUCAGUGAUGUUCUAAGAACGGGGACACCCCUGACCUCCAAUGCUAUGUGCUGCUAUGAGAGACCCAGGAGACAUUGGAGAGAAGGAUGCCCCUUGAAUCGUAAGAGUGCUGAGGCAUCUGGGAGCUAAAAAUAUCCUACUGACCAAGUGCUCCUGAUUUCAACUCAAGCUGAACAUGACUGCAGUCCAGAACAUAGCACAUGCAGGGAUUAUCUUCGAACAGGUUUUCAAAAUCCAUCAGGCUCCGCGUCAGGACCACACGAGCCUGUGGUCGUUUCCUGUCUUGGCGUCUUUUCUGGGAGGUGAAUGAGACCUCUGUCAGGUCGCUGUUCGUUUGCCUUUUCCCUCCAGGAGCAGUGGUGGAGGGGGAGGUGAGGACCUAGCUGCCCGGAGGAGUGGGGAGGGGAGGUGGCCUGUCCAUUUAUAGACCUGCUCUCUGGGACAACGGAGGUGCUAAAUAGCACCAAGGACAAGAGGCUUGGCUCAGUGCGAGCCACCCACUGCACGGGCUGACGGAGUCGGAGAUGACAAGAGGCAGCAUGGAGAAUGUGGAGGUCUUCACUUCGGAGGGCAAAGGCAGAGGUCUGAAGGCCACGAAGGAAUUCUGGGCUGCGGACGUGGUCUUUGCCGAGCGGGCUUAUUCUGCAGUGGUUUUCGACAGCCUCGUUAACUUUGUGUGCCACACCUGCUUCAAGAGGCAGGAGAAACUCCACCGCUGCGGGCAGUGCAAGUUCGCCCAUUACUGCGACCGCACGUGCCAGAAGGAUGCUUGGCUGAACCACAAGAACGAGUGUUCCGCCAUCAAGAGAUACGGGAAGGUGCCCAAUGAGAACAUCAGGUUGGCAGCCCGCAUCAUGUGGCGGGUGGAGAGAGAGGGCACUGGGCUCACAGAGGGCUGCCUGGUGUCAGUGGAUGACUUGCAGAACCACGUGGAGCACUUUGGGGAAGAAGAGCAGAAGGAACUUCGGGUGGAUGUGGACACAUUCUUGCAGUACUGGCCACCACAGAGCCAGCAGUUCAGCAUGCAGUACAUCUCACACAUCUUUGGCGUGAUCAACUGCAACGGUUUCACUCUCAGUGACCAGCGAGGCCUCCAGGCAGUGGGCGUGGGCAUCUUCCCCAACCUGGGCCUGGUGAACCACGACUGCUGGCCCAACUGCACUGUCAUAUUCAACAAUGGCAAUCAUGAGGCAGUGAAAUCCAUGUUUCACACGCAGAUGAGAAUUGAACUCCGGGCCCUGGGCAAGAUCUCAGAAGGUGAGGAGCUGACCGUGUCCUACAUCGACUUCCUCCACCUCAGCGAGGAGCGCAGGCAGCAGCUGAGGAAGCAGUACUACUUUGACUGCUCCUGUGAUCACUGUCAGAAGGGGCUGAAGGAUGACCUCUUCCAGGCAGUGAAGGAAGACCCCAAGCCCUCCCCAGAAGUGGUGAAGGAGACGGUACAACUCUCAAAGGAUACACUGGAAAAAAUAGACAAGGCUCGCUCUGAGGGUUUGUAUCAUGAGGUUGUGAAGCUGUGCCGGGAGUGCCUGGAGAAGCAGGAACCAGUGUUUGCCGACACCAACCUCUAUGUGCUUCGGCUGCUGAGCAUCGCGUCAGAGGUCCUCUCCUAUCUCCAGGCCUUUGAGGAGGCCUCGCACUACGCCAGAAGGAUGGUGGACGGCUACACGAAACUCUACCACCAUAACAAUGCCCAGCUGGGCAUGGCUGUGAUGCGGGCAGGGCUGACCAACUGGCAUGCUGGUAACAUCGAAGUGGGGCACGGGAUGAUCUGCAAAGCCUACGCAAUUCUCCUGGUGACACACGGACCCUCCCACCCUAUCACCAAGGACUUAGAGGCCAUGAGGGUGCAGACAGAGAUGGAGCUGCGUAUGUUCCGCCAGAAUGAAUUCAUGUACCACAAGAUGCGGGAGGCUGCCCUGAACAACCAGCCCAUGCAGGUCAUGGCUGAGCCCAGCAAUGAACCAGCCCCGGCUCUGUUCCAUAAGAAGCAAUGAAGACCUCAUUGGAGAGUUGGGGGCAGUGUGGUUGGGGAGCUGGGGAGAUCAUUACCCUGGGUCCCCCACUGUCAUUUUGGUUCAGUUCAACUUGGCUUAGCUCUCUCUCACCCCAGACCAACUCUUUCUGUAUGUGUCAGGUGCUAGGCUCCAUCAUCUAUUUAAUAAAGAAGCCCAACUAUAAUUGGGCUAGAAGGACAAAUGUCGACAAAAAAGGCACAGCAUAAUAGUAAAUGUAAUGAGUACGUUUACUAUUUAUAUUUAAUAGCAAGCGAACUCUAUGGAGAGGGGUCCAGAGGAGGUGAGUGUGUGUGUAUGCCUCUGUGUGUGUGUGUGUGUGUGUGUGUGUGUGUGGUGUGUGUGGUGACACCUGGGCUAAGGGUGGCAGGUACCUCGAAUCUCAGAUGACUGCUUGUCUAUCUGUGCAGUGUCUCUGGGGCAGCUGGUCUCACCUAUGGCUGGGAAUAUUUAGGGUUUGGCAGACUGGGAUGGAGAUGAUGUCCUGUAUCCUCAGGCUGGUGUGGAGUUAUUAACAAAGGACUGGGGCUGUGUUUGGCCCUUUGAGAUCCACUCAGAGACAGGAAACCCAUUAGGGACGGUAUCUAGAAAGAGGCAGGGGCCUUGUUCAGACUACCUGUGGUCUCAAUUCCUAGUCUGAGCUUGAAGCAUACUUUUAGAAAUAACUCUAGAACACAUAGAGAAGGAAUUUUUCCCUGUCUGGUCCUACUCACCAAGCCUGUAGCCCCUUGUGGUGUGUGUGUGUGUGUGUGUGUGUGUGUGUGUGUGUGUGUGUGUGUGUGUCUCCUUGAAGAAAAGCUGAGGUUUUUCUGCCGUUGACUAGUGGGAGUGAGAAGGCUUUUCAGGGUGAAGCUGAGGGUGUGCAUGUCUGCUGGUGAGCCCAGCAGAAGUGGAUUGUAAGGGUUUCGAGCCCGGGUAGUCUGCACCAGCUUAGGCUUCAUCGUUGGCCCCAGGGAGGCUCUGCUCUCUGCAGUGAGUGACAGUUAACUUCCUGCACUUAGUUUCUUUAUCCUGUCCAUGCUCUGGGGGCUUCUGCCCUUCCUAACAGAAGGCCAUUCACCUAGGCUAGGAUCUCUUCAGAAGCGUGCCCACUUUGUUCUCACUUGCCGAGAGGCCCAUUUCCAUCUGAGACAUGAAGGCCCAAGGACGACCUUUUAGUUUCUGGGACCCCAACUUUCUCACCAACAUGGUGGGGGAUCAUGAAGUGAAUUCGUUUAGUUGAGGGUGUCACCAAAACUGCUGCACAACCUUGGGCUACCGUUGACGCCAGAGCUCUGACAUCGUGAAGUCACAGGAUACCCACUAAAACACAAAU